AUGAGUGAUGGACAAGAUAACAGCAAUCCCACAUUAGGAGUGAAUGCAGCUGUAGGAGCAGAUAUACCAUUUACUCCGCAAUAUUCAGAAUUGUACCCUAAGUUCCUCUAUCACAACAUAGUCCCGAGUGCUGACCCUAAGCAUCGUAAUACUUUGUUAGUAAAAACUGAAAAGAUUUCUGACGAUGGAGAAAACACAACCAUAGGUCGAAUAAUCUAUUGCAGAGAUGCUAUUGAAAAAGGAUUAUGUCUGAGGGGAUCUAAUUGUAAGUACUCACAUCCAUAUGAGUACGAGAGGAAUCCCACGUUAGCACUUAGAUUGGAUCAUAUCAUAUCACAUCUCAAUGAACUCCAUAUUAUGUUGGAUCUUCCGAGCAGAUGCACUGAGCCUCCUCGCAAAUUUGUAGAUAGAUUCUCUUCGCACAAUAAUAUCAUUGAUCGUCCAUGCCCACCAAGUUUAGGAAGGAACGAGUCUCGGCCGAGUACUUCAGGAAGUGAAUCUCAACCUCCAGAACAACAGCCCGUAACCUCCAGGAGAGAUAGAGGAUCAAGUCCAAGAAGAGGUGGCAGACGAGGCAGAGGUAGAGGACGGUCUAUCACAAGAAGCAUAUCCAGUGAUCGGUUGAAUAGAGGAUCUUCAAACCAACUACUGAGUUUGACGGAGAGGCUCACAAAAUCCCAACCCUAG